AUGAAACCUCGCACGGUCUCCGUCUCCUCGACAUCAUCAUUUUCGUUCUUACUUCGAUCUCUCUUCUCUUCUAAACCUCCACAUCGUUCCCCGAUUUUCAACAAACAACAACUCUCCAAAAAAAAGAGAUCCUGCCACACGUUCUACAUGGAGGUGCUAAAAGGAAAGAGUGAAAUAGCGAAGGAGAUAAGACGACGGUGUUUACCUACCAGAGAAGUCCGGUGCUCUUUGAGGAUGAUGGAGAUGAAUAGAAAUCUGGUAGUGCUGGUGUAUUCAGGUUUGAAUCUCUUAACUCAUAUGCGUGACCUUUUCCUCUCAAUCUUCUUCUUCUGUGAAUCGAUUGUUCUGCACCGUGAUUUGUUUGCUGGUGCGUGUUGUGGUGUGAUGCCUUGUUGUUCUUGA